UUUUUAGAUUACUGCAUGGGAAAAAAUUACAACGGAAUAUAAUUCCCGAACAACUGAACCAAGAACUUCAGGGCAGUUACGCUGCAAGUAUGAUAAUUUGAAGAAGGAUGUACGUAAAUACGAAGCUGAAAAGAGGCAGAAUAUGUACAAAACAGGUGGAGGUAUCGAUGAAACUAAUAUCAAAGCAUCGCUGAAACUGCUCUAUGAUAAAAUAAGCAGCCUAAUUCGCAUUUCCGUUUUGGGUUUAGAACCUAGUGAAGGUGAUAGUGAUGUGUUCACGGUGAAGAGUCAAAAAGGUUUAUCACAAGAUAUCCCGUAUUUCCAUAACAAUAAUAUAAUCAUUGAAUAUAUUGAUGAAGAGACACCAACUACCAGCACACCGGAGCUGCUACAGGAAGUGCAAAAAGAACAAAAAGAUUGGUCGGACUAUACCCCAAAAAAACUUCAAUCCAAAAAGCACCGAGUGCUACAGGUGAAGAGAAAGAGGGACCCUGAACAAAUUGAUCCGAACCAAAAUGACACAGAAAAAAAAACAGAGCUGGUAACUUUAAAAAAGAAAUUAUUGGAAGAGGAAAGUGCAAGAAAUAUUACCUAUCACCAAGAAAAAUCUCAGCGAGAAGAAGAAUUGCAUUUAUUGAAAGUAAAAAACUUGAAACUACAAAAUCAGAAGUUAUAAAUGGAAAUUUUAUUGCUAAAAAAACAAUUGAAUACCUAAUUAAAUGCCUAAUAUAAAUAAUAUCAUUAUAUAAAUUAUUGUCUAAUACUUAUUACAUAUUUUCUUCUAACAAAUUCAUAAAAUAUAACAAAAAUUCUUGUCUAAAAUUAUUAUUUUCUCCAUGACCAUCAGCUCCUGCAACGUUUUCAUCAUUUAGGUCGUGAUCUACAUUUACAAAAGGAUCAAUGAUGGGAUCCGGUUCAUUUAAAC